UUACCUGCUGCUUGGAACCGUCGCAUGUGAUGUAUCACACCUGCGUUGGUUCUGUUUCAGCUUGUUUCAUGUAACGAUUUAACUAGAACAUUUCUAAACGCUUUUAAUUCCAGUUCCUUUUAAUGCCUGAACUAAAAGAUAUACCUGAGAAACAGUGAAGAUGUCUGGAUUUAACACGUCGACCCGGCAUUCCGAUGAUACGUCAUUCAAGCUGAAAGCUCAAUCCCGGUAUAUGAAUUUAAGGAAUGCCAAGGACCAGACAAAAAGAUUGGAAAUUGAGAACAUAAAGAUGGAAGACAGAUUGAGAGAACUGAAAUUCGCCAUGAGAAGAGAGAAAGAAGAAAGAGAGAGGAAAGGUGGAGGUUUCUGGUCAAAAGGGCAAACUGGAACUCUCAAUAACUACGCUACUGAAGUUUUGGAAAAGACGAAACCAAAGAAAAAGGAAAAGGGAAUCAAAAUACUGAAGGAUGAACCAAUAGUUAUACCUGAACGCAGCAGCCAGCCUGGGACGUUAAAGUACAUUGCUCAGCGACCACUUGAUGGCAAAGAAAACAAGCCGAAGGUUCUGAAAUGUGGCCAGUGUGAGGAUCGAAAUGCUGCACUGUCGUGUCAGCAGUGUUCUGAACAUUACUGUACUCGAUGUUUUGCUGCAUUUCACAUCAAAGGUGCUCUUAAGAAACACAGAAGUAUUCCGAUUACGGCCAUGGGUCCAAGACAGAGCAUGUCUCCAAGACCUGUGAAUUCCUAUAGGGAGUAUGACUCGGCACGUAAUGUCAGCGUUGUUGGAGCUAUGUCAAGUAGAAGUAAUUACCAGGAUUGGGACCAGAAUGGCCCGGAUGGUGUGAGCGGUUCGUAUGAUGGGCCCUCGCUGAUGUCUGGAAUUUACAAUGAGUCGGAGAGUGCGGCAUCGUUCCAGCAGGCUCUGAUAGCCUGGCGGUCGGGUGACACGGAUCAGAGUCCGGGUCGGCAGGCGCUGGGAACCAAGAAACCCAGUCCUAGGAAGAUUGUUGUGUCACCUAUAAAAAGUCCAGUGUUCAGCAUAGAAAGUUCCACAAGCACCACAUCAGAUGCCAGAUCCCCAGACAUUCAUUUCCAUAGCGACGUCAGCUAUGCUGAGAGACUGUUACUGAAGAAACACAGGAGAACUGAACUUCCUCCAAUCCAGUCUGCCGUUUCUGUCACGCCCACUAACGAUAGAACAGGCUCGGCUGGUAGUCGAUAUCAAGAUGAUAUGGACUAUGAACCGGUCAGCUUCACUGCACUGUAUCAGGCAUCCUGCAUCGGUGGGCAGUCGCCCCGGCAACCACGAAGAGUAGAAUCUGGUCUUUCUAUCAUAGAGUUAGACGCCACUUCAUCAAGACAGCAUCCUGCAUCGAUGGAGUAUUCUGACAGGUACCAGGUCGAGGAGGUGGAGCCGUAUCAAGCCUGGGAAGUAGAAAACUUAAGGAAAGCCCUGUCUGCUGUGAAGUCGCCAAGUGAGACAUCCGUGGAUGGCAAACCUCCAGCCAGAGGUCCGAGAAGUGCCAGAAAGCAGUCUAAGAAAUCGUCUGUGUCGAAGGAAGAGAUUUCCGUCUCUUCAUUCUCAUCGGACACCAGUUUGUCUCUGUCGAGCAGAAACAGCAAGCAGGAGACAAACUACAAUCAGAGUUCGGCUCGGAGGAACGUCGGUUCCAUGCAGAACAGAGGUGACGGCAAAAUGAAUGUUGUCUUUACGAACAACGAUAUUGAACCCGAACUUCAGUUCAGUCAGUCGCAGUCACGGACACAGUCACGCGCUGUAUCAUCAAGAUCAAGGCCAUCGUCGGCACGCGUAAAGUCGUCCAAAUCACGAACAGCAUCAAGACUGUCUAGUCGUGCCAGAUCAAGAAAUGGUGAGGGUGUUUUAACAAAAGCCCCGAACGAGUCUCUGCGAGAGGUUGCUAGUCGUCUGGGUCACACUGAAGUGUACACCUACAAUUCGCCGAUGAAGGAUUUCUUCACCAUGGGAGUGAAAUCAGAAUUUCAGGAAAGAACGGUGACGCCAUCCAGCAGUAAGAAAACCAAAGAGAGUUCUUAUAAAGUUAGCCACAAACUGUACAAAAUGGCACCAUGUUCAUGGAAGCCAGAAAAUAGCUUAGAGACGAACCUUCCUCCAGACAGUGUUAGUGUGGAGAUCUCUGAGGCGUUACUGCAGGGCACUGCCAGCGGACUGAUGGAUGAACAGACGUCCGAAUUUACUCCAGCAUCAGAAGUCCAUAGUCGCAGCUCCAGCAGAGUUGAAACUCCCCGGAAUGAGAAUCGUGAUUGGAACACACCACCCCCUCUUUCAAGGCAGAUCACAGCAGAAUCCCAAAGACUUAGAAAUCCAACAGAGCCGGUAGAACAACCGCAUUCAUUUGAUUCACGAAGAUUAUCCACUCCGGAAGUGAAAAGCACAACCAGACAAAACAGUAAUUUGGCAAGGUCCAGACAAGAAACGCGCGAGUCUCAAAGACUGAAAACGCCAACAGAACAGCAGUAUUCCUUUGAUUCACGAACAUUAUCAACACCGGAAGCAAACGGCACAACCAGACAAAACAGUAAUUUGCCAAUGAUCAGACAGGAUAUGUCUGAGUCCCAAAGACUGAGAAAUACACCGGAACCAGUAGGUCGGCAUUCACUCGGUUCAGAAAGAUUACCAACGCCUGAGUUGAAAAGCAAAACCAGACACAGCAGCAAUUUGUCGAUGAGCAGACAGGAUACCCAGGAGUCCAAAAGACUUAAACAAAAUCCAUCCGAGCCAGUAGAACGACAGUCGCACGAUUCAGAAAGAUCAUCGACACCGGAAGUGAAAAGCAGAAAUGGAUACGGCAGUAAUCGUCCAUCGAGUAGACAGGACAGAAGGCCAGCUUCACGAGCAGCUGGGGACGGGAGGACUUCACGAGUUGGUGGAGAGGGCAGGACUUCACGAGUCGCCGGGGAAGGAAGAACUUCACGAGUCACAGGAGAUGGCAGAAAUUCACAAGUUGGGGAAGAUGGCAGAAUUUCAAGAGCCAUAGUCGUUGAUGGUGAAGACAUGAGUAAAUACGAUGAUGCCGACUGCGAGGAGAUGCAGACCCAAGAAGAUAAUGAAACCUUGGACCAGCUGGAGUGGGAACUGGCGUCUCAGUCUGGGCGACUGACAGCUGAUGGUCAGAUAUCCCGACUGAGUGGACUAGAGGACCUGUCUCGUUCUGUGAGCUCACAGGACAGCACUCCAACUGGGCAGAGUUACGAUCUCGGCACAAAACUCAGACUGGAUGAAUUCAGUGAUGAGACGGAUGAAAAUGACAACAAGAUUCUUGAUACGGAAGAUGUGAAGGCUCUUCACUGACACAUUACAGCAUUACACGUUGCCCUAUAGCUCCAUCCAUCACAACGGCCUUUAUCUCCUAGCAAACUGUUCUGUAAUAAAUAGCAGACUUAAAAAUCAGUACGUAAUAUGUACAAUGCCAUGUAGUAUGACAAAUGGCCUUUUAGGUGUUUUUAGCUCUUACCAAAUUGUUCUAUAAUUAGCUAAAAAUCAGUACAUAGUAUGUACAGUGUAACCUCUCAAAACCGGACCUUCUGUAAACCGGAAUUCCCCCCAAAACCAGGCAUUUUUCACGGUCCUUUUUAAAAAAAAAAUCAGUAAAAAAAUUAACCCCUCUGGACCGGAUACAUCUUUUAACCGGAUGUUUUACUUGGGGGGGGGGGGGGGGGGGGGGGGGG